AUGCGAGCAGUUGUCGCCGGCGUGCCUCCCCCUCGCGAACAAUUCAAGGAAAUUGCUGUCAAGGUUCAUAUCCGAAGGCCAGAGAGAGAUACUUGGGCCUAUAUGGGUCGCGGUAUUGUCACCCAAGAACUAACCGGACAAUCCUCUCGAGUCGUCGUCAGAGCUCAGUCGUCUCAUAAGAUACUGACCGUGUUUGGCGAGGGCGCAGCCCUCCAGGCCGAGCGGCGCGGUAAUUUCGUCGUGAUUGGUUGUGUCGAUGGAGGUCGUGUCGUGUCAUGGUCUCUCAAUGCCCUCAAUAACUCCGACACAGUCCGACUCCUCGCGAGCAUCGAGCUCGCGUGCUACGCCUCCAAGCAGGCCAUGGUCGACCCAGUCAUGCACGGCGCAUUCCGCCGCCGUGUCGCACGCAUCAUCAAGGACGACCGUCGCCGCCGUCACAGGCGGCGCAAGGACCAGGACUCGAUGGUUGACGCAUUCGCACGCACAGGCCUUGGCGGUGGCAUGGACGCGGAAGAAGACUCGGAGCCAGGGUCGGUGCAAAAUGCAGGCGCUCCGCCCCCCGCGGAGCCGGUCCCCAUCCCUGCCCCGGUGGUGAUGCCCAUCCCCGAACCCGCCCCCGCUCCCGUUCCUACCUCCGAACCUGCGCUUGGAAGCAACCUGUUCGCAGGCUAUUCGCAACAGUGA